GAAGAAGACGGCGGUGCUUGGCAACGCCGGUAGCGUUGCUUGAAGAAAGACGAAGUCGGCCGAGCAAGAAGGAAGACAUCGACGCUAGUAGCGCGAGGAAGACGACUACACCAGCUGCGAAGAGAAGAAAGUUUUUGAGGAAUUGUCCAAGAUGACAAAAUCCAAAAGGUGUUCAAUGCCAGCUCCUCCAAGAGAAGGGGAGGCGGAGACACAUCACUGGCUCAAUCCAGACGCAUCAUGCUGGGAAAACAAAGAUUUUGACAACCUUGACCUAAAUCAGCUUGCGGCAAUGGAGUCAAUGGUUGAGAGCAUG